AAUGUUGACUGGUAAAUACUGUAUUACUCAUGGUGACAUUACUUUAGGAAAUUAUAAUAUUACAAAUGAAAUUAUCAAAGCUAGAGAAUUAAUUGGGUACUGUCCUCAAGGAAACUGCCUAUUUUCCUUUUUAACCGUUGAAGAGCAUUUAACUAUGUAUUAUACUUUAAGAGGUUUGUGCCACGACCAUACGGUUACUGAAGUUAAGGGUAUACUUCACGGGCUUGGAUUAGAGUUAUUAAAAAAAGAAAGAAUUGGCUAUUUAAAUGAGGAGGAUAAAAGAAAAAUAUCCGUUGCUAUAUCAGUCAUCGGAAAGCCAGCUCUCUUAUUAUUAGAUGAUCCAUUUCAAAACAUGUCCAAUUUAAGUAAAAGAAAGGUUAUGGAGUAUCUUCGAGCACUUAGAAAAUCUGGGAUGGCCAUUCUUAUGUCGACAAAAAGCUUUGAAGAGUAUGAAUUUUUAUGUACAAAACUAGCAAUACUAGUAAAUGGUUCUUUCAAGAUUAUCGACUCAACUGAAGAUGCUAAAAAAAUGUUUGGGAAAGGAUAUCAUAUUGAGAUUGAUAUGGCUAAUAAUGAGAAUUUAUCAUCUCCCCCCUUAGACGUUAGAACCCACAGUCUUUUGACAGAGUUAAGGACAAUAUAUCCACAUUGUGUCUCUAGAGAGAUAGGCAAAGGUUAUAUUCAUUAUCAUAUUGGAAAUGAUCCAAUAAAAUCCAAGCUUUUUUUAAAUAUGGAUUCUUUUACGAAGCAAUUUCAUAUUCAUAAAUAUAAAAUCUAUAAAUCCUCUUUUAAGAAAAUCCUCCGAGGUAUAACUAAGGCUCAGCAGCAUUACAAGACUUCUAAACCUAAAAUAUUUAAUCUCAUAAAACAUGUAUUGAGUUAUAUUUUAAGCAUUUAUAAAAAAGAGACUAACUUUGAUAAUACAUACCAAUCAUCUCCAUAUAAUAUCUCUUUUAUAAAAGACACUAAUUCUACAUCAAGUGAAUCAAAUGGCGAAGAAUUCUCCGAAGGGGAAAAUUCUCAGAACUAUAGCUCUACUAAUCUCUAUACGUUAAAAGAUACUAUAACCUUUAAUCAUUCAGUAGACCCUUCUAAUUAUUACGAAACUACUCUACCUUUUCUCACUCAUGAUGUUUGA